AUGCGAAUUCAGCAUGUAUACGAGGUGUGUGUUCUAGCACGCCACUUGUCUGCACAGAUAAACGCCAUUUCGCUUCAACCAUCGUAUGGAAAGAAUUGGUGGCGAGGCUCUAAAUCUCAGGAUCCAGAUCAACAACCACGUGGGCAGAGUAAUCCAGACGAUCACAGACAGCAACCGCAAACAUUAGUUGCUCGAGCUCCUUCUGUUGCUACAUCUUCCUCCUCUGCCACUAGCUACUCUACUUGGUCUUCCCAGAACAUUCGUCAGGAGAAUGCCAGAAAUUCUCGACAGACUACCUCCAAAACAGCAGGUUUGGGAGUUGGAGCGCUUCACGAACUGGCAGACAAUAUUUGUCAAUUACUGAACUCACCAAGAGAUUUGGGUAACCAAGUGCGCUUGGCAACCCAAAGGACGAGGACCAGUGAUUUUGAAGCUGAGUGGACAGUUGCAGGGCUAGCACAAGAAUGCGUUUUCCAGCCAGUACAGGCUGUACCCUACCUUGAAGGUUAG